CCCUAAUUGGGGCUCAAAACGACUGACCAGUCCCCCGCUCAAAACCUCGGAAGGAAACCCAUAUUCACUCUUCUCAAUCCACAUCUUAAUCACGUUUCUUAUUCAAUAAUUAUAAUUAUCUUCUCUCGUAUAUUCGCCAGUUCGCAACCCGCAACCCAACGGAGGGGGAGAGUGUUGAGUCGAAGCAACUAUCGUGAAGGAAAAAGUAUUGUCAAGUAUAGCGAUAUAGAAGAUGGAGUUUUGCCCCACAUGUGGUAACAUGCUGCAGUUUGAAUUGCCCUAUUUGGAACGGCCUUCAAGAUUUUUUUGUUCUGCUUGUCCAUACGUUUGCCAUGUCAACCAUAGGGUCAAGAUAAAAAGAAAGCAAAGGUUGGUGAAAAAAGAAAUAGAGCCUAUAAUCUCCCCAGAUGACAUGAAGAAUGCACCAAAAACUGAGGCGACAUGCCCAUAUUGCGGUCAUGGUGAAGCUGCUUUCAAAGAAUUUCAGACUAGAUCUGCUGAUGAACCAGCAACUCUAUUCUAUCGAUGCUUGAAUGACAAAUGUCAAAAACAAUGGCGUGAAGAUUGAUUUCAACCUUGUGCCAUAUAUUUUUCCAUGUCCAAGGACAGAAAAGCUUUUCAAGCUGAUUAUAAUUGACCUUAUAUUACAGCCAAGAGGUUUUGGAUAGUUUUAAAAAAUUUUGAUGACAAAUGCAUAAGUGCUACAUAUCUUUUCUUCAGUUAUUGCUAUUAUUAUGAUCAUAGUCAUGAACCUUUGUUUUAA